AUGCAUCGCCAGAGGCCUCAGCUGAAGAACGGCGUGGACCUGCAGCUCCAGUCAGCCUUCUCAGACGGCAACUGGCCCUCUGUCAUCCGUCUAGCCGAGAAGAGGGCACGCAGCCUGAAUGAUUCUUAUUACGAGGUGGUAAAAAAAUGCGCCGAGAGCCAGCUCGACGAUCCUGCAGCCAAGUAUGCCGCCGUGGCUGCGGUAUCGCAGUACAUCCGGGAUGGCACCGUGGUCAAGGACGUAGAUGCCCUCGACCUGUUGGAGUGGGCCACUCUCGACCUCACUGACGAGGACGACUACCCUAACACCCUGGGCCCUCUGCGCGUCAAGGCCGUCAAGGCCAGCCCAAAGGAUAGGCACAUCGCCUCGCGGUGCCUCGAGUCGUGUCUCAUACACUGGGAUCUUGUCAGUGCACAGCAGAUUGCUGCCGUGCUCGACAGGUCGUUUCCCCAAGAGCGGCAUUUCAUGUUUUGGAACAUUGCCAUUACGCAUCUGCUCUCGACCAGUUCCCAGGUUCCUCCGGAAAAGCAAAAACUGUAUGGUACCCUUGCCCUGAGGCAGAUGGAGCGUGCGGCCCGGGCACCAGAGGAAGGCGCGUCGGAAAAGGAGAAGGCGCGCAGAGUCAGGACAGAAGAGGAGACUCUACUCCUUUACAACAUCACUGAGAGGCACGGAACAGACGAAGACUUCAAGAAGCUCGUGGAAAAUUCAGAAUUUUCUCCGCUUGCAACCUUCCGUCAGGGCCGAAAGGAGCUACUGCUCUGCGUCAUUGCCCGGUACCGCCGCCAGGAUGACUGGGACGCCAUCUACACUCUCUGCAAAAGCUGCCUGUCUGAUAAGGACGACCAGGCCCGACCUAACCUGCUGGCGUCUGACUAUGGCAUCUGGGAGGAGUUUAUCGUUGCUGCUCGUCAUACCAUGGGCUCGAACAAGGGAGUCGUCACGGAGGUCCACGACCUCCUGCUCGAACUGGUCAAGUUCCCGGGACUGCGGGCCAUCUACAGGAGGAACCUAUUGCUGGCCCGCGUAUCGGCGGCAUUCCAGCUACUCACGCCUGACGGCGACGACAGCAUCGACGGACGGGCCUCGUCGACCAGGCUGCAAGAGUUGAUGCGAUACGUGGAAGACCAGGCCGCGAGCCCGGCUUGCUUUGACGAUGUCAAGACGUUCGUCGAGAAGUUGGACCUCUCGGGCCUGCGGUACUUUGUGGACGACUUCCUUGCCGGACUGGGCGAGAGGAAGGAGAAACUUAGCGCAGGUCAGGCCGGCCUGCUCGCGCUCAAGUUCCGCUACCUGACGGCUACGUGCCCGAUCUCGUACACGACUGUUCCUGGGGAGAAGCCGCGCGCCAAGUGCCAGCGGUGCGGGGCAGAGGAGCAAUAUGCAUCCUGCGCAUCGUGCUUCCGGGGUAUCUGGGAUGAGGCUCUGGUCCUGUACAAGGACAUUGCGACCAAGGCACCGGACCAGCUGCUGAGCGACGCCCACGUGCCGCCGGAGCUGGCCCUCCUCCUGGCCGUCUGCAGCGUCAGGCUGGCAUUCCCUGACCCCAAGGCCACCCCUGCCGCGUCUACCUACACCUCUGCCGAGUCCCUGUGGCACCUGUACCACGCCGUCCUGGUACUGGAGUACCAGCUCUCCUUCUCGCCCAAGAACGCGCCGAUUUUGCUGGUACUGGUGCAGCUCCAUCUGCGCCUCGGAUCGGCUCCACGUUCCCGCCAGCUGUGGGGGGAGCUGGGGGUCAAGCGCACAAUCAUGGACUCGCUCGGUCCUCUGUUCUACGACCGCCUCUCGACCGUUGCACCGGCCCUGCUCUCCCCCUCGGACACGUGGGGCUGGCAGCUCAUGGACAUGCUCACGUCGCACUACAGCUACUCGCUCAAGAUGCGCAUGCCGCGGCGCUUGAUCGACGCAUUCGAGGCCGAGUCGUACGGCUCCGUGCUGGACAUGCCCCGCUACAUACACGACUUGCGCACCAGCGCCACGCGCGCCAUGAGCCUGGUGGAGGAGACGAGGUCCGAGAGGAUGCUCGGCAGGCCCACAUGGGAACUUUUUUCCGACCCGCGGUUCGUCGAGGUCAAUGACGAUACGGUACUCAAGGAGACGCUCGACUAUGGGUCUUUCCCGCGGUGGGAGAGCAGCGAGUGCGUGCCUGUAUAUGUCCGGCUGAGACUGGGACCACCUCCAAGUAACCGCAGAGCUCACCUGGAAAUCAUGUCGGAAGCAUUCCACGACGUGUUGGGAUACAAGGCGCCACAGAUGUACAAGACACCACUGGCGACGUCGGAGUCGGACCACGUAUUCGUAGUCGAGACGCUGACUCGUAUCGGCAACUCGUACAACCAGUUCCUUGGUGGCCCCGAGGGCGACCUGACAGCCGCAGAGGCAGUGUACCACGACAUGGUCGGGCUGCUGAGCACGCUGGCUCCGCUGUGCGCGGCGAGCGGGAGCGGAAGGGCUGCGGGGCUGGACGCGUUUUGCGAGCUGACCGAGUCUAUCGGCGCGGGGUUGGAGAGUCUGCGAGACAUGAUCCCAGCGGGGAGCUCCGACGACGUAGAGGGGGCGGUGGCCCUCCUCGGCAGCCUGCACACGGUAGGCGUGUACCGCGACGCGGCGAAGGCAGUGUCCCUGGCAGCACAGUGGAUCAUGGGGGUCAACCAGCGCGCCAAGGAGCGCGACAGGUCCGGACAGAGCAACCUCCCCAAGGAGGUGGUCGCCCGCACCAAAAGUCUCCAGUCGGCGGCGGAGGAGGCCCUCAAGCAAGGGAAGGGAUGGAUGGACAGGCUCCGGACGACGGUGAAGAGUGGCGACUUCAAGGGACGGCUGAGUUCAUGGCUGUUCAAAGACGCAGAGGCGAUUCGGGAUGUGGCGUACGAGGAGGUUGUGCCGGGUCUGGUGGGGAAUAUCGGGGAGAAUGUCAAUGGAUGGCAAGAGGUUCAUUGGGAGUGA